UGGGCAGGCGGGCUGGCGGCUGGGCGGGCGGCGGCGGCCUCUGGGCAGUAGAGGGGGCUCCGAGGCUGAGUCCGCGUCGACGCCGGCCGCGGAGGCGGCACCAUGGGCAAGGGGUAGAGGGGCAAGUUGGCCACCGCCGCCGUCGGGGGUGGUGGGCGAGCCGCUUUGGGGUAGGGGGCGGGAGGGGAGGGAGGGGCGGGCAGUCAGCUCGGCCGCGGCACUUUUUUAAUUUUUUCGGGUGCCGCAGCGGCGACCCCUCGGCGCCGAUGUUCCUGAUCCCCGGAGCGACGACGGCUGCUGCCUAACCUGGAAAGAGGAAUGCCAGCUCCUGAGCAGGCCUCAUUGGUGGAGGAGGGGCAACCACAGACCCGCCAGGAAGCUGCCCCCACUGGCCCAGGCAUGGAACCCGAGACCACAGCCACCACUAUUCUAGCUUCCGUGAAGGAGCAGGAGCUUCAGUUUCAGCGACUAACCCGAGAACUGGAGGUGGAAAGGCAGAUUGUUGCCAGUCAGCUAGAAAGAUGUAGGCUUGGAGCAGAAUCACCAAGCAUCGCGAGCACCAGCUCAACUGAGAAGUCAUUUCCUUGGAGAUCAACAGAUGUGCCAAAUACUGGUGUAAACAAACCUAGAGCUUCGGACGCUGUCCAUCCCAAUAGCUAUCUCAUCAGGACAGAGCCAGAGCAAGGAACCCUCUACUCACCAGAACAGACGUCUCUCCAUGAAAGUGAGGGAUCAUUGGGUAACUCAAGAAGUUCAACACAAAUGAAUUCUUAUUCCGACAGUGGAUACCAGGAAGCAGGGAGUUUCCACAACAGCCAGAACUUGAGUAAGGCAGAUAAUAGGCCACAACAUUCAUUCAUAGGAUCAACUAAUAACCACCUGGUGAGGAAUUCAAGAGCUGAAGGACAAACACUGGUUCAGCCAUCAGUAGCCAAUCGGGCCAUGAGAAGAGUUAGUUCAGUUCCAUCUAGAGCACAGUCUCCUUCUUAUGUUAUCAGCACAGGCGUGUCUCCUUCAAGGGGGUCACUGAGAACUUCUCUUGGUAGUGGAUUCGGCUCUCCAUCAGUGACCGACUCCCGACCACUGAACCCCAGUGCAUACUCCUCCACCACAUUACCUGCUCAGCGGGCAGCCUCUCCGUACUCUGCACAGAGACCCGCCUCCCCAUCAGCUGUACGUCGGAUUGGGUCAGUCACCUCCCGGCAGACCUCCAGUCCCAACGGACCAACCCCUCAGUACCAAACGACCACCAGAGUGGGGUCCCCACUGACCCUGACGGAUGCACAGACUCGAGUAGCUUCCCCAUCCCAAGGCCAGGUGGGGUCAUUAUCCCCCAAACGCUCAGGGAUGACCGCCGUACCGCAGCAUCUGGGACCUUCACUGCAAAGGACUGUUCAUGACAUGGAACAAUUUGGACAGCAGCAGUAUGACAUUUACGAGAGGAUGGUUCCACCUCGGCCAGACAGCCUGACAGGCUUACGGAGUUCCUAUGCUAGUCAGCACAGCCAGCUUGGACAAGACCUUCGUUCAACUGUGUCUCCCGACUUGCACAUCACUCCUAUCUAUGAGGGGAGGACCUAUUACAGCCCAGUUUACCGCAGCCCAAACCACGGAACCGUGGAGCUCCAAGGAUCGCAGACAGCACUGUACCGCACAGGUUCGGUAGGUGUUGGAAAUCUGCAAAGGACGUCCAGCCAACGAAGUACCCUUACAUACCAAAGAAAUAAUUAUGCUCUGAACACAACAGCUACCUAUGCGGAGCCCUACAGGCCAAUACAAUACCGAGUGCAAGAGUGCAAUUAUAACAGGCUUCAGCACAUAGCACCAGCUGAAGAUGGCACCACGAGAUCCCCGUCAAUAGACAGCAUUCAGAAAGAUCCCAGGGAGUUUGCCUGGCGUGAUCCCGAGUUGCCUGAAGUCAUUCACAUGCUGCAGCACCAGUUCCCGUCAGUUCAGGCAAACGCAGCAGCCUACCUGCAACACCUGUGCUUUGGCGACAACAAAGUGAAGCUAGAGGUGUGUAGGUUAGGGGGAAUCAAGCAUCUGGUUGACCUUUUGGACCACAGAGUUUUGGAAGUUCAGAAGAAUGCUUGUGGUGCCCUCCGAAACCUUGUUUUUGGCAAGUCUACAGAUGAAAAUAAAAUCGCGAUGAAGAAUGUUGGUGGGAUACCUGCCUUGUUGCGACUGUUGAGAAAAUCUGUUGAUGCAGAAGUAAGGGAGCUGGUCACAGGAGUUCUUUGGAAUUUAUCCUCAUGUGAUGCCGUAAAGAUGGCAAUCAUCCGCGAUGCUCUCUCAACCCUGACAAACACUGUGAUCGUUCCACAUUCUGGAUGGAAUAACUCUUCUUUUGAUGACGAUCAUAAAAUUAAAUUUCAGACUUCACUUGUUCUGCGUAAUACGACAGGUUGCCUGAGGAAUCUCAGCUCCGCGGGGGAGGAGGCGCGAAGGCAGAUGCGAUCCUGUGAGGGGCUGGUGGACUCUCUGCUGUACGUGAUCCAUACGUGUGUGAACACAUCUGACUACGACAGCAAGACCGUGGAGAACUGCGUGUGCACACUGAGGAACCUGUCAUAUCGGCUGGAGCUGGAGGUGCCCCAGGCCCGGCCGCUGGGGCUGAACGAAUUGGAUGACCUACUCGGAAAAGAGUCUCCCAGCAAAGACUUGGAGCCAAGCUGCUGGGGGAAGAAGAAGAAGAAGAAAAAGAGAACACCACAAGAGGAUCAAUGGGAUGGAGUUGGUCCUAUCCCAGGACUGUCGAAGUCCCCCAAAGGGGUUGAGAUGCUGUGGCAUCCGUCAGUGGUAAAACCAUAUCUGAAUCUUCUAGCAGAAAGUUCCAACCCAGCCACCUUGGAAGGCUCUGCUGGAUCUCUCCAGAACCUCUCUGCCGGAAACUGGAAGUUUGCAGCGUACAUCCGAGCAGCUGUCCGCAAAGAAAAAGGGCUCCCCAUCCUUGUAGAACUUCUGAGAAUGGAUAAUGAUAGAGUUGUUUCUUCUGUGGCGACUGCCUUGAGGAAUAUGGCCCUAGAUGUCCGCAACAAGGAGCUCAUAGGUAAAUACGCCAUGCGAGACCUGGUCAACAGGCUCCCAGGUGGCACCAGCCCCAGCGUGCUGUCAGAUGAGACCGUGGCAGCCAUCUGCUGCGCCCUGCACGAGGUCACCAGCAAGAACAUGGAGAAUGCCAAGGCCCUGGCUGACUCGGGGGGCAUAGAAAAGCUGGUGAACAUAACCAAGGGCAGAGGAGACAGAUCAUCUCUGAAAGUGGUGAAGGCAGCAGCCCAGGUCUUGAAUACAUUAUGGCAAUAUCGGGACCUCCGGAGCAUCUAUAAAAAGGAUGGGUGGAAUCAGAACCAUUUUAUUACACCUGUGUCAACAUUAGAGCGAGACCGAUUCAAAUCACAUCCUUCGUUGUCUACCACCAACCAACAGAUGUCACCUGUCAUUCAGUCAGGCUCCAGCAAACCUUCACCAAUUUACAUCAGUUCCUAUUCCUCACCAGCAAGAGAACAAAAUAGACGGCUACAGCAUCAACAGCUGUAUUAUAGUCAAGAUGACUCCAACAGAAAGAACUUUGAUGCAUACAGAUUGUAUUUGCAGUCUCCUCAUAGCUAUGAAGAUCCUUAUUUUGAUGACCGAGUUCACUUUCCAGCUUCUACUGAUUAUUCAACACAGUAUGGACUGAAAUCGACCACAAAUUAUGUAGACUUUUAUUCCACUAAACGACCUUCUUACAGAUCAGAACAGUACCCAGGGUCCCCAGACUCGUGGGUGUAGCAUCAAUGCUUGGGAGAGGAACUCUUUCUUUCUAACCUUGUUUGGAUUGAGAUGAGAAGUCCGUCUUGCUGAUAUUUGCUGAUGAAAUGUGAAAGUGACAUGGAAGGAAUGAGUGAAGAGAAUUUUUUUUUUCUUUUUUGAGGAAUUAUCAGGGAAGUGAGGCAACCUUUGGGAGGGAGGACUUUCUAAGCUCUACUUAGGCAUUAGAUCUAAUUACCUGUAGAUUCUAUAGUCUGGUGAAGGUGUGGGCGAUGUGAUGAGAGGUUUGUGAAAUGGGUGAAAUGAGAUGGGGGAUGUGUAGGUCAAAUCAAAUUAAAGAUGAUUUUUUUAAUGUGAAUAAGUUAUGUUCUGAUAGUUUGUACAGAAAAAAAUAAUAAAAUGGAUGCCCUUCAUGUUUUAUUGCUAUUACUAAAUGUCAAGAUUGUAUGCUAUUGUGUCUUGUAAAUUUCUUUUGUUGGUGUAAAUAUGGAAAUGCCACAUUGGUUAAGUGCCAUCAUUUGUAACGCAGUGUGUCAUUUGAAAAGAGAUUUGAAGAAACUGACAGCUUAAAAAACAAACGGGAAACCCAAGGAAUUGUUAGCAGUUAAAAACAAACUACAACAUCCUUUGUUUUCAAAAUGAAUAGUGUACCUUUGAAGCACAAAGUCCAGUCUGGUAUAGAAGCGCCAUGCCCAUUCCCUUGCCUCUUUCAUAGGACACUUCACUGCCAUUUUCUAUGCACAUGAAAGAAAAAUAAAUGUGGAAAUUUCAUCCUUGGA